CUCUCUCCAGUGCAAAACUGAAUUAAGGGUGUGGCAAUAACCUUAAAGUGUUAAACCUUAAAACCCUAACACGUGGCUGUCGUGACGAAAGCCAGCGCGGGAAAUGGUCGUUCCUUCCUUUUUCUCGCCGAGCGCUUGGAUGACGGAGUCGACUGUAGGUAGAGAAAUAUCUGACGAGCACUAUUCCAAGCCCACCAAUACCAAGAAUAUUAAACCCUAUGGUCCUGAUGGUCCUACUGAUACUGGUCUUGAUGAGAACCAACACUAAGGAAAGGAAGGGAAAGGAGGGGGCGGGGAGACAGUGUCGACCGUAAUCGGGCAUGUCAGGGCUCAUGAUUUGGAACACGCGCAUUCCGCAUUAGAUGUUUAACACAAGUCGCACCUGCUUGUGUUAUCUGCCGUUUCUUCCAUGGACGUGUUGCCCCCAAAGCAAUGACCGUCAUCCUGUCUACCCCGUCGUUCUUAAGAGAAAACCAACACACGGACCCCUUUCUGACAAGGCAUUCGACCACUACACCAAAAUCCAUAUAUGGACACUCUCUGUGCAGUUGAUUCAAAUAGCAUCACCUACGGCAACCCCCAAAUUGUCCACCAUGGGGGAGACCGGACAACCCGUUUACCUGCCAGAACGUUUAGUUCAGAGGCAAAGCUGCUGGAAGUUGGCUCGGGAGCAAUUACCAGCAGGGCUGGCAAAGGAAUAUAUCAUUCAACAAUUGUACCGCGAGUACAAGAUAUACUCUGAUUUCGCUGUCGGAGGCCAUUGGAAAGAGGAGCACCUCUUCCAUAUCGAGGCCGCGUUUACAUGGUGCCUUCUUUAUCAAAUGAACCAUCCCAAAGGUGAUAAGGUAAAGGGACACUGGAAAUCCCCCCCCAGCUGCAAUACCCCAGUUGAUGAGCUGCAACUCCCGACCAAAUGGUCAGUGGACACCUUCUAUACAUGUCCCGCUUGGCCAGUCUGGACUCUCAUUGUCGGUAAAUCCGGGACCAAAGACUUCGCGGCUGAAAAUACCGUAUAUGACCAACGUCUUUGGUUUUUAUUUGGCCUCGACAAUUGGGCGCCGAAAGAAUCAGAGAGAUCUUACAAGAAGGCCUAA